CGUUGCCAUACACAUCGGGCCCCGUCAAGCCCCCUCAAGAAGACCUCAAGGCAAUUCUAAACACCCGUGGGGCCAGUCGUAUCCUGGCGUUUUCGUAUGAAACACCGUCAAACUUACGUGGCCUCCACCGCCACGUCUGUGCGCCACACUGUGGCUGGCCAAUCAGCCACAUUACGACUAGGAUCAUGACGUUUGAGCAUGCGCUCAGUAAGGUUUACGCAUGGGCGUGGUUGCCAUACGAUUGUUUAUAAGCGCGUGAGUGCCCCAGGGAACGAUAGUCAUUCAAAGGAUACGGUUGCUUUUAUUCUUUCACACACACACUCCGUUGUACGACUCAAAGCGCAAACAGCCGUCAACUUUGGAAUAUCGCGAACACAUCACCGAGUACAUCAAGGCGCGAGAAAGAAAGAAAUUACGAAGAUGAUUAAAACACUCCUCUUGAUCCUGAUCACUAUCUUCAUUCCACCUGUCGGAGUCUUCCUCGUAGCGGGAUGCGGCGCCGACUUCUUCAUCAACCUGCUCCUCACAAUUCUCGGCUACUUUCCCGGCCACAUCCACGCCUUCUACGUCGAAUACGUAUACAUUAAGCGACGCGACGAGAUACGCGCCAGCAUCUACGAAGCGCGUCCUGCGCCGGGUAUCUACAGCCAAAAAGUGCAAAAUGGUGGUCAUAAGACGGUGCCUGUUGCGCCCGCACCUGCCGGAGUCGAGGCAGGAUAUGGGGGUGUACCGGCACAACAAGGCUAUGUUCAGGAGCAGCAGCAGGGAUACGGAACGGUGCAUUAGGCUAUGAACAGAAGAGUUGAGGGUUGAAGUGAAGGUUGGAACAUGAGGUAAUGGGGCCUGGGGUCAGGGUUGUCGGUAGAAUGUGUUGGGCAUGCGCAUGCAUGUAGACAGGAUAAUAGGCGUUGAGCUUGAGCUUAGCUUUGAUUCUUGCGAUACCACUCGUUUUGAGAUAUCCGAGUUCUUCAUAAUGUAACUCACUUGUUUCUCCGCACAUCAUACACCAAGCAACGGGUCGUCAGUUAU